GGUGUGGGUUUCUGGGUGGUAUUAUCGGGUGAGUGAGAUCCUCAGGGGUUGUGUCGUCGGGGGGGUUUGUCAGAGUGUGUGCAUGUGGGGAAGCCGUGAGAACCCUGGUUGGUUUCUCCCGGAAUCAACACAGUCCGGGUGGCGAGCCCUAUUCAGUCCCUGUUUGGGUUUAGGUUUGGAUCCGAGAUGCUAAAUCGCGGGAUCCUUAACCUCCAAUGCCCAGACAAAAGCGAUCAUGGCAGGAAUCUGAGCUCUCUUCAGAGGUCGAAGAAUCUGUGGAUGCUGUUUGUAAGGAAGUCAAGCGGGAGAAGGAUGAUAGCAUAGCCUCAAAAGCGAUUCUUUCCCUGAUGAGCAAGCUCGGUGUGACACACAAGAAGCUGGAACUUGAUCAACAGGCACUCCCAAGCUUUUCAUCUACCACUUGGGAUGACGCUUGUGCAGCUUUUCAUCUUGAUCCUGAAAAGAGUUUUAGGCAGCUGGAAGAGUUUCAAGUCCCAGAUCUCAUCCUCCCACCCACUGUUCACGAGAGGAUCCUUAAGUUGGCUGCCAUGAUGCUGGAUGUCUAUAAGGAUCCUGAGGAUCAGAAAACUGAGGCAUCCCAUGUCCGCCUUCUUGAAGCGUGGCAUGUUCCCAUUUGUCAAUUGUUCCAAGGCCGUAUCAUUGAUAAACCAGAAGCUCGCUUAGGUGGAACCUCUGUAAGUUCUGGUGGAGGGAUAGAGCAUGAGCUUUAUGCUUUAAACGGUGGAGUCCUUCUGCUAGUGGGAGAGCUUAAGAGUUCUGUCCAUUCCAAUUUUGUGGAUGAGGCACAGGCUCUAUUUGAGCUGGAAGCUGCAUUUGUUUAUAAUCGUGAAUUGGGCCUUGAUCCACAACCACCUGUCCAUGCUUUCUUGACGGACCUAAUUACUUUCAAGUUCUUCAAAUAUGAUGGCCGAAAUUUUGCACGUCAAGAUUCAAUUGUCUUACAUGAUCACCUGGAGUUUGAUGCAUUCCUAUCAGGUAUGAUGCCUGUGGCAGAACGAAUUUUCUCCACAAUUAUGGACGGAUUUAUCGAUCAUCUUGAAGCAAUGGCAGACAAAUUUCGCGGGCGAGGAGAGCAUGGCGAUCGCUCAGAUGUCAGUUCCUCUGAUGCCAAGGUCUGGACCAGAGCAAGUGCACGCGCUACCGUCCAGGCCCAGCGUAGGCCGUAUGCUCGACCAUCAACUGCCAUCUGGGAGGCUGCACAUCAGAAGGCCGUCCAUGCUCGAGAAUUUCUAACCCGGAAGUCAGUUCAAGUCACCAAAAGGCAGGCGGAGAAACAAGGUCGGGAAGGUCUUAGAUUGCUUGGAGAGAGUGUCCGAACCCUCCAAAAGCUCAGCAGUAUGGAGGACUGGGACGAGGAACAGCUGCAACGCACGAUUAAAACGUUGCUGGAUGAGCACUCGUGGGGAGCUUGACGCCGCGGAUUAUCUCCUUUCACUGUCCACUAGCUGAGUUGGGCCACCUGCUCCAAGCACCCUUUACCCCAAAGCUUGUAACUUACUCAUCCACCAUCCUCCCUUUCUUAUACAUACAAUUCACAUCUGGACGGGGUGGAGAAGAUCCGAACGAGAAACGCGUGUAUGAAUUUAACAAGGUGAACCAUCUUCACAGCAACCGCGGUGCCUUCCUGUAAACGUAUUCGGUCUGCUCGGACCCUCGUCGACGAUGAUGAGUACAGUAAGCGUGGAGCUGGUCGUGUGGUGAUUGGCCUCGUAAGGCUGCCCCUCGGACUCGAGAGAGAUCAUCCCACUAAGCACCCCAAAGCGCUGAGGUCGAAGAA